UCGAGCGAGUUUUGCCAUCACUAGCAAAAUAAAGUUCUCGCGCGGCCGUAGAUUUUUGUUAGGUUCUACCCCUUUUUGCCACGUAAAUUGAAUUAAAAUUAGCCCCAAACGCCGGCACGAUGAUCAUUUACACAAACGAGGGCAAUCCGCUGGGGCUGCAGCUGCUGAUGCUGGCGAAGUUUGCCAAGCAGGCGGUGAAGGUGCAGCUGGUUAACCUAAAUGAUGCCAAGUAUAAGGACCUGCUGGUACUGCCCACCCUGGAACUGGACAAUGGUCUUCGUCUAUUCUCGCCCUCGGCCAUUGCCAAGUAUUUCUUGGUGGAUGAGGGACAACUGCGGGACGAGUGGCUCGAGUGGUCGGCCACGUUGCUGGCUCCAGCUCUGGCUCAUCACAUGGCCGUAGGACACAAGGCGGACGCCAACGCUCUGCCCGUUCUGAAUGCCCUGGUAAAGAAACUGGACGACAGCCUGAAAGCCACUCCCUACCUCGCUGGCGACAAGCUCACCGCCGCCGACAUUGCCGUGUGGUCGCUCCUGGCCCCCGAUGGCACCUUGAAGGGCGCCCAGAACGUGGAGAGCCUGAGGGAUUGGUAUGGCCGCGUCAAAGCGCUACCGGAGGUCCAAGAGGUGCUUUCGGAACAGCCACUAAAGGAUCUCAGCUUCAAUGCCCUGCAGCAGUCGAACCGCUAUGGCGGUUUGCAUCACGUUCCUCUCAAGCGCCUCAGUCUGGCCGAUGCGGGCAAGCUGCUGGUGGACACCACACUGGUGGACACCACAGUUGCCGAUACGGUUACUGAUGAGGAAAUUAGCGCCGCCCAGGCUGCCUUCACUUACACAGCUCCCAAAGAGGUUAAGGAGGAGCGCACAAUCCUCCCCAAGGCUGGCCAACGCAAUGUGCUCAUCACCUCUGCUCUGCCUUAUGUCAACAACGUUCCUCACCUUGGCAACAUUAUCGGCUGCGUUCUGUCUGCGGACAUCUUUGCCCGCUACUCCCGGUCGGCUGGCUACAACACCCUGCUGAUCUGCGGCACGGAUGAGUAUGGCACGGCCACGGAAAACAAAGCUUUGGCCGAGAACCUAACUCCCCGCGAGAUCUGCGACAAGUACUUUGAGCUGCACAACUCCAUCUACCGCUGGUUUGGUAUUGGCUUCGAUUACUUUGGACGCACCACCACCCAGGAGCAAACAGACAUUGUACAAGAGGCUUUCAAGGACGUCCUGAGUGCUGGCUACAUCAUCACAGAGAGCGUGGAGCAGCUGCUUUGCCAAAAGUGUGAUCGUUUCCUAGCUGAUCGAUUUGUGGAGGGUACUUGCCCGCAUCCUGGCUGCGGCUAUGAAGAUGCCCGCGGGGAUCAGUGCGACAAGUGCGGCAAACUUGUGAACGCCACCGAACUGAUCCGCCCGCGCUGCAAAGUGUGCAAUAGCGCUCCCGUGCUUCGUUCCUCCGACCAGCUGUUCAUCGAUCUGCCCAAGGCUGAACCGCAACUGAAGGAUUGGGUGGACAAGUCGGAGGGCGGCUGGACCAACAACGCUAAAGUCAUCACAAGGGCGUGGCUGAAGGAGGGCCUGAAGCCACGUUGCAUCACCCGUGACCUGAAAUGGGGCAUCCCAGUGCCCCACAAGGGCUUCGAAAAGAAGGUGUUCUACGUCUGGUUCGACGCUCCCUUCGGCUACGUCUCCAUGACCAAGCGCUACACUAAGGAGUACCAGCAGUGGUGGCAGCCCGCAAAGGGAACCGAUGUGGAGCUGUUCCAGUUCAUGGCCAAGGACAACGUGCCCUUCCACUCCGUGGUGUGGCCCAGUGUGCUGCUGGCCAUCAACAAAGGACACACCUUGGUCUCCCACAUCAUGGCCACGGAGUACUUGAACUACGAGGAUGGCAAGUUCAGCAAGAGUCGAGGCAUUGGAGUUUUCGGCAACGACGCUCAAGAAACAGGCAUUCCGGCUGAUGUCUGGCGUUUCUAUCUCGCCUCCGCCCGCCCUGAAGGUCAGGAUUCGAGCUUCAGUUGGAACGACCUGGCUGCUCGCAACAACUCGGAGCUGCUCAACAACCUAGGAAACUUUGUGAAUCGCGCCUUGGUCUUCUGCGAAAAGAACUUCAACAGCACUGUUCCCGAAGUGGCGCUUACCCAGGACGAACUGAUUCUGUUGGCCCUGAUCAACCGUGAGCUCAAGGGUUACAUUAACUCCCUGGAGAAGGCCAAGCUCCGCGACGGUAUUCGUCACUUGUUGGCCAUUUCGCGACACGGAAAUGGUUACAUGCAAACCCAGCAGCCGUGGGUGCUCCUCAAGGGCAGCGAUGAGCAGAAGAAGCGCGCCGCGACCAUCAUCGGUCUGUCGGCCAACAUAGCCUGCCUGCUGGCCAAUCUCCUCUUCCCCUACAUGCCGACCACAGCCAGGACGCUGUUCAGCCAGCUAAACGCCAAACAGACGCCACUCAAUGCAGAGAAACCUCUUGCCACUCUGCUGCUUCCUGCCGGCCACAAAAUCGGCAAACCGGCUCCGCUUUUUGCCAAGCUGGAGCAGGCUUUCAUCGAUGAACUGAAGGGGAAAUAUGGAGGAGCCCAGGAGACCAAGGCUAGCCCGAAGACGCAGGCAAGUGCCGCUGACUUGGAACAGGCUGUGGCAGCUCAGGCGGACAAAGUGCGCCAGCUGAAGGCGAGCACCAAGGACAAGGCUCAGUGGCAGCCAGAGGUGAACAAGCUUCUCGACCUGAAGAAGCAACUGGAGGAGGCCAAAAAGACUGCACCAGCAUCCACAGCUACUCCCGCUUCCGCUCCUACGAGCGGCUCUCAAUCCGUGAAGGAUCUGGAGAAGGCCAUCCAAGAACAGGGCGACAAGGUGCGCAAACUCAAAGGCAGCACAAAAGACAAGUCCGUGUGGCAGCCGGAGGUGGAUAUUCUACUGAGUCUGAAGAAACAACUGGAGGCGGCACAAAAAGCUGCCAAGGCGGCACCUGCUCCCCCAGCUCCUGCUCCAUCAUCCGCGGCCAAUCCUGCCCAAGUAAAAGCAUUGGAAGACAAAAUUGCUCAGCAGGGGGAAAAAGUGCGAACCCUGAAAGCCUCCGGCGAUGCGUCCGUGUGGAAGCCUGAAGUUGAUAUACUCCUUGGCCUCAAGAAUGAACUGGCGGCGCUGACUGGUGCACCGGCCGCCGGUGGACAAGGCAAAGGCAAAAAGAAGAAGUAGAUCCGAGGCUCACGAACUAUGAUUCUAUAGCUAUACUGGACAUUUUUACCUCAAACCUUCUAAUCACCCAUUCGAUGGCGAAUUCUUAGUCACGAACUGGCACAGUUCUAUUAAUUUCGUUUAAUUUAUUGCGUUUGCAUUUAACGGAUUUUGUAUUUAUUUGAAGUGGCAAAAUAUUCAGUUAGUAAUUUAUUGAAAGUUUGUGAAGGAAAUAUAAAAUCUUUUGACCUUAAA